UCAGUAGUAGAUGGAGAUGAUGAGAAGUUUGCGCCAUGUAAAUAUUGAUCAUCUUCAUGUGGGUUGGUACCAGUCGACCUUCUAUGGUUCUUUUGUCAGCCGGGCCCUUCUGGACUCUCAGCUCAGCUACCAGCAUGCCAUCGAGGAGUCAGUUGUGUUUAUAUAUGAUCCCCUCAAGACAGCCCAGGGUUCUUUGUGUUUGAAAGCCUACAGGUUGACCCCAAAACUCAUGGAGAUCUGUAAAGAGAAGGACUUCUCAGCAGAUGGGCUGAAGAAGGCUAGUGUGGGUUUUGAGAACAUGUUCGAGGAGGUGCCCAUUGUCAUCAAGAACUCUCAUCUCAUCAGCGUUCUGCUGUGGGAGCUGGAGGACAAAUCCACUGCUGCAGACAAACACGAGCUCUUGAACCUUUCCAGCAGGGUCGGCCCUCAGUGA